AUGGCCUCCAGCUCAGGCACUUUGGAGGGCCGAAGCAUACCAGUUGAGGUGGAUGAAUCCAUGCCGUGGUCCCCAUUUCCUGAGCAUGUAUUGGAAAAGGCCUCACAGUCUUCUGGAGAGGAUAGAGAGGAUGAGGAGUCCCAGAGACCGCAUGUCACUGGAAUGCCUCAGGCUGUGGACAGUGCAUCAUGCCUCUGCAGAGCACCAGCAGGUCAUCAGCCAGCACUGUCCAUGGAGCCAGGCAGCAGCUUGUGGGCAAAAUACACCAGUCCUGAUGGCCAUGGACACUUUGGUUCCCCUGGGGAAUCAAUAACUGGAGCACUUCCCUCCGAGAUGCAUCUUGUAGCUAUGGACAAACCAGGCAUGCAGCCAAGAUCACAGCUUUCAGCUGACACUGGGCACAACUCCAGGAAAUCAGAGCAGAGCUUGUCUAACACUCCCGAGGACUCCCUGGAGGAGAGCAGCCAAGGGAGUUCACAGUCAAUGCUACCCUCAGAAAACAGACCCCCAGCAGAGCUGAGGACUGUGGACACCACAGGCUCCAGCUCCCAGUCACAAGAUGUCAUGGGCAUCAGGCACCUGGAGCCCCCCUUACCUCUGGUUUCUCUGGUGAACCCCCAGGACCUGCCAGGACCACUGAUCUCCCGGGAGUAUUUUGGACCUGAGCAUCAGCAGUGCCCCAUGUGCCAGCACUUGUGCCACCCCAACACCUCCUCGCCAGCCCACGGCUGCUUUGGGCACUGCUGCCCCGCAGAGCAGCACCCCCAGGGCCCAUAUGGCAGAGCCCCAGCCCAGCCCUGUGUGCACACCCCGCAGCCCCUUCCUCCUGUGCCUGCACCUUGCAAGAGAGUGAUCCUCCCAGCCCAGCACCUCAUCCCCAACUACUCAAACCUGCGUGCUCCCAAGGGCACUGGAGACCGACCUCCCCAGCGGGCCUGCUCCCCUGCCCCUCGGCUCCUAAACCAGCUGUACAACCAGCCCCCUAACGAGCAGCUGCCCCCCAAGGCAUGUGGCCCAGAGGAAGGUUGCUGCUGCCCUUCUGACAAUUUCCCAUCUCCAGCUGCUGUCCCCAGACCUCCCAGCAGCCCUGCAGCCAGGGGCACGCUGAGAACCAGCAAUCUGCCCGAGGAGUUGAGGAAGGUCUUUAUAACCUAUUCGGUGGACACAGCAGUGGAGGUUAUGAAAUUUGUGAACUUCCUGCUGGUAAAUGGAUUUCAGACUGCUAUUGAUAUCUUUGAGGACACGGUGCGAGGCAUCGACAUCAUCAAGUGGAUGGAGCGCUACCUGGGUGAUAAGACAGUGAUGAUAAUCAUAGCAAUCAGUCCAAAAUACAAACAGGAUGUGGAAGGGGCUGAGUCCCAGCUGGACAGGGAUGAACACGGCUUACAUACUAAAUACAUCCACAGGAUGAUGCAGAUCGAGUUUAUACAACAAGGAAGCAUGAACUUCAGAUUCAUCCCUGUGCUUUUCCCAAAUGCCAAAAAGGAGCACGUGCCCACCUGGCUGCAGAACACCCACAUCUACAACUGGCCGAAGAACAAGAAGAACAUCCUGCUGCGGCUGCUGAGGGAGGAGGAGUAUGUUGCUCCUCCCAUAGGCCCUUUACCCACCCUGCAGGUUGUGCCCUUGUGAACCUGGAGGUGCAGGAGCAGCAGCUGCUGCAGGGCAGGGAACCAGGGCUGUCCUGGCAGGGAACCAACACACUCCAGGUGGCUCUUCCUGACUACAGGAGACACUUUCUGCUACAGGAGUUGGUUGUCUUGGGCAGCUCAGGCUCAGCUUCUUCCCUACC